UGAUCUCUAUUGGUGCUGACAGAUGAUUAAUGACCCCAGCCCCCCUUUACCCCUUUGAUCGUAGUCCUUUGAUCUCUAUUGGUGCUGACAGAUGAUUAAUGACCCCCGCCCCCGGACCCCUUUUGAUCGUAGUCCUUUGAUCACUAUUGGUCAUGGCAGAUGUUUAACAACUUUGAAGUUUAGCGCAUGCGUGCUAGGCGUGUUAUGGGUUAUGUCCGUACAUGUCCCCCCUAGAAAAAAACGUAGUGUGUGGAGGGGGCGUGUUUAGCGCAUGCGUGCUAAUGCGUGUUCCGGGGACAUGUCCGUACAUGUGAAUCGGAAGUAGUAGGGCGUGUUUAGCGCAUGCGUGCUAAUGCGUGUUCCGGGGACAUGUCCGUACAUGUCCUAACGAAGAAUCGGAAGUAGUAGGGCGUGGCUAGCGCCUGGGCUAGUCGUAGCCAAAGCGAGCUAACCGGCAUUCUCAACAAGCUACCGUGAGGGGAGCCAUGAUUAACGAGACGUGUGUUAACAUUAGCCCUCAGCUGGUGAAGACUGCUUUUUACCAGGUUGGUCACAUUAUAUGAAAUUAUUGAUCAUUUAGUGAAAGGAACAGCAUCAUAAAACAUAAUAUCCUCUUACUUGUUAAUUUUUAAACCUAACUUAACCUAACCUAACCUAUUGAACUCGCCUAAGUAUCCUUGAGCAAGGUACUGAAUCCCUCAAUGCUCCUGGUGACGCAACACCAGUAGGUAGAUGGCAAUGUAGUGUAUGCCAUGAAGUCUAUUCUUUUUAGACUAAUAAUGACUCAAAAUGAGCUCCAAAAUGUAAUGCUACUGGAAGGAAUCUCAAGUCUGUACAGAAAAAUGGUUGAAGCAUGACGCAGUCCUGCAGAUGUUAUUCCUAUUGCAUGAUAGUUUACGCGGACCUGUGUAUCAGUGGGGGGAGACGCUGCAAAAACGCGGCAUUUUUCAACAAAUGUAUGUCUACACACAUAUACAGAUCUCAUGUUUGUGUUAAGAUGGGUAUCUGUGCAAUCUCAAAGGCGUUAUCAGUGGAGAGAAACGAAGCAUUUUUUUCAACAAAUGUAUGUCCACUCAGCAAAAUGCAGAGCCCCAUGUUCAUUUAAAGAUCAAGGUCAUAAAACAUUUUAAAAAUCAAAAACUACAAAAUACGAUUACGUAAAAAUGGGUGGGGAAAACCCUAUAAAUUCGCUAUCUCCUCGCCUUCUUCGUUGUCCGUUCAACAUACCUGAUACCAAAUGGCCAGAGAGGUUAAAGAAAUCAACAUUUCAAACUAUGAGUUGGACCUAAGGUCUGAUGCGGAGGACACUGAAUUGACACAUCACGCGUCGACACCGGCUUCUUCGCCAUCCCUACUAUGGGACCUUGGUGAUUCGGAGGCUGAUCUUAAUUAUUCUUCGCAAUCGACUUCGGAUAACGACAUACAGCCGCACGACUGGCGUAGGCCAUUAUCGCGAUCAAGUGAGGAGGACAGUGGCUAUUAUUCACAAUCUAAUGGCCUAUCCACUCCACCAAGAGCAGCAACAGCAUACUUAGCAGAUGCCUCUACACAAACUGACAUAUUCAUUAAAUCAGAAGCUGUCGAUGAGCCAGCCAUCUUAGUUGGUGAGAAUUUUAUAUUUACCCCCUCGGUGAUUCGAUACGCACCACCAGCGCAGGUGUUAGUUGCGGAUGCAACUGCGCAGAUUGAUGAGUUAUUCAUUCAACCAAACGCCGCCCCAAAACCUGCAAUAGUUGCGGAUGCAACUGCGCAGAUUGAUGGGUUAUUCAUUCAACCAAACGCCGCCCCAGCGCAUGUGUUAGUUGCGGAUGCAACUGCGCAGAUUGAUGAGUUAUUCGUUCAACCAAACGUUAUAAUUCCACGUCUCAUCAGGAGCGGGCCGCAUGAGCUUCCUCGGGAACCUGGCACCCCGUUUGGAUUCAUUAUUGACGAAGCGAGAGGUCGAUAUUAUUCAUAUUAUUUUGUCUGAUUUGCUAUCCUGAUUAAAAAUGGAUGAUUCUAUUCCUGACAUACCGUGUGAAUUUCAAGAUUUUAUCAAUCAAAUAAACGAGCAAAUGGUGUCACAGCCUGAUAUACCUUACGAACUGUUGGAUAUUGUCAGCGGAAUAAACAAUGUGAAUCAGGUAAACAAUGAGAUGGCAUUUGAGCAACACAACCCAGACACGCUGAUUGAUUCAGAUGAUCCAUUUGUAGCCAUUCGAUCAAUAGAUGAUUUUGUCGAUUUCUUUCAGCCUUUACAAAACGCUUUAAUACAACUUAAUCAACCGAGCAAUGUUCCAAACGAAUCAACUGACAGUGUCAUGCACAAUGAUGUACAAGCUGACACACAGGAGCAAACUGACAGUGUCAUGCACAAUGAUGUACAAGCUGACACAC